AACCAGGUGAACAUGGCUUCAUUCUCGCUCAGCAUCUCACUUCUCUUCAUCAGUUUCUACAAAGCAGAUGGGUUUGAAAAUUAUUACGUGUCUCGCUGUGAGUUUAACUCCACCGAGCUGAGUGACAUCACCUACAUCUACUCUUCGUUCUACAAAAGAAUGGAGAUCUUCAGGUUUGACAGCAGUUUGGGAAAGUUUAUUGGACAUACUCAGUAUGGCGUGAAGCUCGCUGACUGCUGGAACAAUGAUCCUGAGGAGCUGAACAAGUGGAAAGCUCUGAAAGAGACAUACUGCCUCAAAAACGUGAAAAUAGAAUACAGCAGUUUUGUCACCAAAUCAGUCCAGCCCACAGUAAGAGUUCAGUCUGUGGUGCACCCUGCUGGUCAUCAUCCUGCCAUGCUGCUGUGCAGCGUGUACGACUACUAUCCUAAAAAGAUCAAAGUAAGCUGGCUCCGAGAUGGACAGGAAGUCAUCUCUGAUAUCACUUCCACAAAUGAAAUUGCAAAUGGCGACUGGUACCAUCAGAUCCACUCUUAUUUAGAGUACGAGCCCAGGUCUGGAGAGAAGAUAUCCUGUAUGGUAGAACAUAUCAGCCUGAAGGAACCUCUGAUUACAAACUGGGACCCAUCCACGCCUGAGUCAGAGAGAAACAAGAUUGCUAUUGGAGCUUCAGGAAUGAUCUUUGGUCUGAUUUCAUCUUUGGCUGGAUAUCUCUACUAUAAGCCUAAGGCCCAAGGUCUUGUCCCAGUCCCAACCAAUUAGACGGAGAUCCAUGAAAAUAUUAUACUUUUUUCAUCUUGUGUCGAUGGAACUGAAGCUAUUUUAAGGACUGCAUUGGGAUACUAUGACUAGAUUUUAAUGGUUAACAUCGCCGUCCUGUUCAGCCUGCUUUCUCCCCUCCGAUCAACCAGAAAGUUAAACUGAGUUCUGUCAGAUUGAGUGGAGGUUUGAAGGACCCAAAUGCAGACAUUGAAGCUGAGGUGAUUUUUUGCAAGUUUAAUAACAAAAGGUGGUAACUGAAACAAAAUACCAAAGUACAGAAAACGUCUGGAAAAACUCACUUGACGGGCAAAGAAAUUACUCCGAUGAACAAGCAAACAGUGAACAGGAGGUGUAUGGGAGAUAGAAACAAUGACCAGGUCAAUGAUCAGAUUGGGAGCAGGUGAUGACGGAGGAAUCUAGAAGAGAGCAAGAGGAAAGGGGACUGACACAAGAGUGCAACAGAGGGCAAACACGAAAUACAUACAUGUAAGCACUCAAAUACAAUCAAAAAUUUGAAAAAUUGAUUGAUUGACUUUAUUGAUCUCACAGUGGAAAAAUGUACUCGUUACAUCAAUUCAAAUAAUCAAAGGAGAAGAAUGUACCAAAUGAAGAAAAAGGUGCAUGGGAUAUAUACUGUAUAUACAGUGCAUCCACAUAUGACAGGUUUUUUUUGUUUGUUUAAGCAGGAAUAUUAUACAGGAUUAUUAUACAUGGUGUAACUGUGCAAUUUAUUAUUACCAAAAUGUUGGUGUCAUGACAGAUUCAGACCUUCAGGGGCACGUAAAGGCAGUUACCAAGUCAGCCCUUUAACAUGUCAUGAAUGUUUCUAAGAUUAAAGGAUCAAAAUUCAAGAACGACCUCAAAAAACUCAUACAUGCAUUCAUCUUCAGGAUCAGUUACUACAAGAGUUCCUUCAUAGAUUUGUCUAAAAAGUCCAUCAGACAGCUGCAGCUGAUCUAAAACGCUGCUGUCCGUUUUCUUACUAGGACUAAAAAAGUAGAGCACAUCAGCCCGUUUCGACGUCCUUCCAUUAGCUCCCUGUAACUCAGAGAAUAGACUAUAAAAUCCUCCUGUUAUUCUAUAAAUCACUGAAUGGAUCAGCACCUCGAUACAUAACAGAUUUGUUUUCAGUGUAUCAACCUCCCAGACUGCUCAGGUCUUCUAGUUCCAGUCUACCCACUUCACCCAGAACUAGAACCAAACAUGGAGAAGCAGCAUUUAGUUUCUAUGCUCCACUUAUCUAGAACAAACUCCUAGAAGCCUGGAGAAGAGCUGAAAGCCUGAGUUCUUUUGAGUCAAAGUUAAGAACCUAAUUUGUUUAUAGCUGCCUUAAAAUGUGGAAGUUAAACGUUUAGGUAUUAUUAGUUUAGAUUGUGAUCCAACUGCUGGUCCACCUGCUUUUAUCAUUUUUGUAUCUCUACUUGGUAUUGCUGCUUUUAUUUUCCCUUCAUUUUAUUGUUAGCUCCAUGUAAAGUACGUUGAAUAAUCUUUGUACUGAAUAGUGCUAUGCAAAUAAACUCGCCGUUCCUUGCCUAUAGAGAAAGUAUUAGAAAGCUUGGCCUCAGUCUUUGGUCUCAGUCACUCAUUGGUUUUAC